CUGUGGAAUAGCUAUUAAAAAUCCAAAAACAGGGAAGGUACUGAGAAUAAAUGACAUUCACAGACGAAACCGAUUUGGAGAGACACUACUCCAUGUAGCUGUGAUGAAGGGAGACCUUCAGUCUGUAAGAAGCAUGAUUAAAGUGGGUGCUUGUGUCAACCGGGUGGACAAUGCAGGUACAUUGGAGUAUCCCCUUAAUUAAAAGGAUUACAGAUUCACUGAUCCUGGUUUGUUCAUAAAAUGGUUGAGGUGGGAAAGCCUCCACACCCAGUCACCCACAGAUGCAAAUUGUUGACUCUGACAAAAUGUAUUUCAGGUUGGUCUCCUCUUCAUGAGGCAGUUCUAAGCAACCGUUAUGCUAUUGCUGAAACUCUACUUAAAGCAGGAGCUCAAAUCGACCCCUUGGGCCAUGAAGGAGUCACUCCCUUACAUGAUGCUGUAGUACUUGGUCAUUUUAAGAUUAUAGAUCUGCUGUUGAAACAUGGCGCUGACCCACUGCUGAAGAAUGAGAACGGAGACACUGCCAUAGACCUUAGUGAAGACACAACUAUACAAAAUCUACUUAGAAAAUAUGUGCCAAAGACAAAAAGAAACCUUUCAUCAGCUCAGAGUGUGUCCAGUACCACUUCUUUUGCGGAAAGUAGAAGGGUGAGGCAGGCUUCUCCUGGAGGUGAAGCAGGAACCAAACUGCAGUCCAGUGAAACUGAAACUCAGGUCGAUCCAGACACAGGGGGCACAACGAAGGCACAUGACUCAUCCACAGCCUCGCCUAAAGUGAAGCCAUCAGCUCAGUCUAUGCCCCCACUAAGGCAGCAAGCAAUGGACUCCGAUAUUCAUGGCUACUUACUGGUUCAGGACCAGGAGACCCUGGGAUCAGCCACCUUAUGUUGCACAGACAGUGAUGCUGAGAGUGAUGUCACUGUGGAUUAUACAGGGACUCAUUCAUCAUCACCUGAGCACUGGGCUCUAGGUGCCACUCAGGAAUUCUCUGCAGCCAUGCUUAGUUCGAAUGACAGUGGCGAAUGAUACACCUUAGACUAAUACUUUCCAUGCUGUUUUCAAACAUAGGUAUAUGUAAAUGUCUGCAUUUGUAGAAAUGGAUUUGCUGAUACAAUACUGCAAAAAUGGAGUUGCUUCUCUUGGGUGUAUAUGCUUAUGUUAAUGAACGAACACUAAUACUUGUUUUAGAAAUGUUUGUCUCGUUUAUGUUGAUGUAUGAUUUCUAAUAUUUAGAUUUAGUGUUAUUCAUUUCACGUUAAUCAAUUUACAAAAUGAGGAGUUGACAAUGUUACCUACAUGAAGAGGUUAUGUUUGCUUUGUAAUAAUAAUCUUGAUAAUAUAUAUUCUGAUAGAAGUUCAAGGAUCUGUUCUAGUGGCAGUGUGGCAUGAUGGAGCUUUAGUUGCCAUUGGUAGCACUGCAUUAUAACAUAUAUAUUCCAAAUGUUCAGUACAUCAGUUGUUUCUGUAUUUUUAUUUUUAUUUUCUGUUAUCUGAUGUA